GAGAGAGAGAGAGAGAGAGAGAGAGAGAGAGAUAGAUAGAUAGAUAGAUAGAUAGAUAUAUGUAUAUAUUUUUUUUCUUCUUUUUCUUUUUCUUUUCUUUUCUUUUUUUUUCAUUUAAAUUGCUAUAUAGUUACUCAGUAGAGAUGCAAAACAUUAAAGUCAAGUGAUAAAAUAGAUCAAUAAAAUUAAACAUAACUUUUUAGGUCCUAUUUAUUAUUGUCUCGAGUAAUCUUAAUAUCUGAUCUUAUAUUUUCUCAGAGUAUCACCACAAGAGCAUCAGAAUGGCAGAAGAUAUGAAGAAAUCACCCGUUGUCAUUAAGUUGUACAGCAAGCCAGAAGUGCCUCAAGUUGUUGUUGAUAUCAACGAACUUCCUGAUGGAGGGAAUAACUGUGGCGUUGAAACUAAAAAUUGCUUCAUUAAUUUUGAAGCAGAUAAUGACCUAAGAGUUAGAAGAGGCAAACGGAUCUAUGUAAAAAAAGUGAACAGAAAUUUCCAGAGACGUACAGUCACAGAACAAACAGUAAAAGCCACAGGUAUGAAUAGACCUUGUAGAUGUGCCUGUAGCACAUCAGAAGCAAAAUUGGUUAGCCCUAGAAAAUUCACUUUGUCAGAGAGACAAGUAAUUAAGAAACUAGCCUCUUCACAAAAAUCACGAAGUUCAAAAAAUCCCUUAGUCAAAAGGGUAAGCGUAGGAAUUCAGUGUGAUAGUAGUGAACUAGAUCCAGUAACCAUCAAUACCAGUCAGUCCCAGCCAAUAAAGUAUGCACGUAAAGUGAUUGUCCUUCAUAAUAACUUUUUUGAUCUUCCAUAUGUGUCACCCAAGAAACCUGCAAUCUUAAAAAAUCACAAAGUUCUGGAAAGAGCCAGUACUUCAAGUAGAGGCACUGAAAGUCAGAAAAAUGAUAAAAUUAGAGAUGAUAUCAAGAUGGGGAAAAUGCCUGAGAUGACAAGGGGAAGUAAGUCUUUUGUGGGGUCUGAAGAAAAGAAGGAGUUUAAUAUGGACAGAUUUAAUUCCGAAAGGACCAUGAAUAGAAGUUCAUAUAUUCUGUCUUCCUCCUUGAAAAGCUGCAGAACUACUCCAUCACAACCAUUGUCAUCACAAGAAUUGCAACCAGAAUUACUACCAUCCAUUGUGGUUGAAGAUAUUACUAAUGUUAAAGAAAUGGAGGGACAGGAUUUUACACUGGAAAUUGCAACCCCAUUACAGGAUGCUUCAGAAACUGAUUAUGAAAAUCUUCGUAGCUGUAAAAUCACUCCUGUGGUGAAAAGUUCUCCUUGUCAAGACACUGUUGAUAAUGUUUCCCAAGAAUGUCAGUCACCCACAUCAAUAUCCAGAACUAGUAGCAGUCAAGGAUCUGAUGACUUUACUUUUAGUGAAACAGAAGCAGCUCAAAUUAUGCUUCAACUUUUUUAUAGUGGAAACAUUACAAGUGUAGAGGAAAAUGAAUUGCAUGAAUCUGAUACUGGAGAUCUAGGUAGUAAAACUCAGUCCAUAGUUAUGGGAGAUGGAAAUGAAAGCCCAGAACAACAAGCAAAAACCAUUGCAACUGUAAUAGCUGAAAGUAGUACUGAAGGCUGUAAUUCUUUUCUAAAUCAAGAAAGAGUGACAGAUAUUGAGCCUUCUAAAGAAACUGAAGUCACAGAGAGCAAUUCAAGAAAUAUGACUCAUAACAUUCAUGAGAUUAUAUGCACCCCAAACACAGACAGCCCACCAAAGGCAAGGCGUAGGGGUCGACCACCCAGAAAUCAAAGUAAAUUAGCACAGGCUCAAGGGCUUAAUGAAAUUGUUCAUGAAAAAAGAAUUACUCCCACAAGAGGCCAGCAGAAAAUGAUGAGCAAUCAAAGGAGCUAUAAGUGUAGAGUAACUAAUGGAACUACUUCAAGCCAGAUACUAAAAAAUGGUGUAGGUAAGAAAAUCAGUAAGAAAUUUCAGGCGGGAAUGCCAGAUAGUGUAAGGCGAAGCAAAAGAUUUCAAGGUUUAUCUGGUGCUUUAUCAAAAUCAACAAAAAAAUUGGAGGAAAGUCCAGUGUUGAGGAUUAAAAAGACAGCAGGAAGAAGAGCAUCCAGAACAUAUCAGAUUAAUAAUGAACCAAAGCAUAGUGAGAAUAAGGAAAAUAAUAUUCAGGAGUUUGAUUUUACUGCAGAUUUUAAAGAAACGAAUGAUCAAUCUUGUAAUUCAGAAGAUAUGCCUGUUAGUGAGUCAAGAGAGUCAGAUGUUGAAAGUACCUCAGCUUUCAAAGGUGAAAUAGAAAUGAAUUAUGGAUCAGGCAAGAAAGAUAGCAUGGAAGUUAGCUUUGCAGAUGGCUUCAAUUACCCAUUUGAACAAAACAUGUUGUUCAGUGCUCUUGGCUUAGUUGAGAGGCAUAGUUCAAGUACCUGUAAGCCCCACGACACUUCUCCCUCCCAUAUUGCUCACAGAACAAGAAAUAUAACGGCUUAUUUCAGAAGAAUGCAAGAGUGCCAAGUAGUGCUAGAAGACUGUCACAAGAUGAAGAAAAACAAAAUGUGCUUAGAGCAUGAUAUACCUAAAGUUGAUCAGGUUGAAAAAGGGAAAUCAAGUCCAGAGAGUGAAACAGAAACCUCAUAUGCAAAUCUAUUUAGUCCAGUACUUGACUUCAAUUUUGAAGGUUUUCUCACCACGGAUAUAGACAUUGGUGAUGACUUUGUCAUGUCUGAUUUAGAAUUUGGGGAAGAACUAAGAUAUCCAGAUAAUCCUGAGAAUUUAGUUCAAACAGCAGAAAGACAAGAUGGUAACUUAGAGACUCAUGACUCAGUGCCUCAUAAUGUAAAUAUCCAAGAACUCACAAAAAUACAAAAUGAAGUAGCAGAUGCCAAUAUACUCCAUUCUGAUGAAGACAGUCAGAAAUUUGUAUUUGAAAAGGACACUGAAAUUAAUGAACUUCAGAAGGGAGAUAUAUUACAGAAAAAAGCAAAUGAAUGUAAUCCUGAAGCGGUCAGGGAACCUGCUCUGCUAAUCACUGAUAAAAGAGAAACGUGUUCUACCAGUGAUAAUUCUCUCCCAGGUUUGAAUAAAGACCCAAAUAAGAGAAGGAGGUUCACCACUAAUAAAAAUGAUGUAGUCAAGAAUAGGUGUCUUAUCUGUGGAAAGUCAUGUUUUACAAAAGCAAAAUUGAAGAGACAUACUGCCAAACACCAUGAAAAUGAAGAUCAGUUGAUGGUACAAGAUGAAAUUUCAUGCAGCAGCAGGAGUUCAUUAUCAGAAAUCAAUGGAAAAGAAUGUUAUGAAUUAGAAACUGACAGAUUGAUACUUCAUAGCCCAGAACUCAUAACAGCAUCAAAACAUGGAGAGAAUUCUGAAGACCUAACCAGAUAUUCAAGUUGGAAACAAAUUGAUGAUGAUGUUGCAGAUAUUAUUAAUUUAGAUCCUAAAUGUGAAGAGGAAUCUUGCUCACAGCAAGUGCACACAGAAAAAAUAAAAGAAAAUGCAAGAACAGAUAAUAUGAAUUCAGUUAUUGAUAUCAGCAUUUGCGAAACAAUCCAAACAGACAUGAAUCCCUUAAAAGAGCAAACUUUGGUGACUGAAGAUCAUUCUUUAAUUGAACCACUUGUUACAGAUAGUAGGAAAGAAAUUUUCAAAGUGUCAGACAGUAAAACAGAACUUUAACUUCAGAGGACCAAUGAUAAUGCAGAAUUCCCCACUCCAAAGAAACUACCAAAGAGAAAGUUGAGAAAUACUGUUAAAGAUAAUCAGUCACUAAAUAAACAGUUAAGAGUAUUACCACAACACCUCAAUAGCAAGGAAGAAACUAUAUUGAAAGGCAAAGGGGAUGUGAAAAUUAAAGCAGUUGAACAUACGACAGAUAGUAAGCAUCAUUUUCGCCACAGUUAUGAAGCAGACAAGAGAAAAAGCAAUAAUAUUCAACCAGAAAGCAUCAAAAAUGAAGUCAAAUUAAGGUCAGGGCAGAAAGUAUAUAAUGAAGAAGAGCAGGUCUUUCGCUGUCGUAAAAAACACGAGAUCAAAAUCAAUGGAAAGAGGUGGUAUCCAUGUAAUAUAUGUAACCAUAAGUUUUCUAGCUCUUCAGACCUGACAAGGCAUAUGAGGAAGCACACUGGAGAAAGACCCUUUAAAUGUUCAGUUUGUUCAAAGUCAUUUAGACAAAGAGAAGCCCUUAAAAGACAUAUUGAAGUGCAUAAUGGUAAUAAGCCUUAUGCUUGUAAACUUUGUGAUUCAAGAUUUACUCAGAAGGUUCACUUAGAAAAUCACCAGACAGUUCAUAGUGAUGACAAACCAUAUAGAUGGGGAACAGUGUGGCAAGCAUUUUCUCGCCUUGGUUACUAUAAAUUUCAUAUUAACAUUCAUGCUUCAGAUCCCCCAUAUAAGUGUAAAAUAUGCUCUCGUGGUUUUAAUUCUUGUGGUAAUUUGAAAAAACACAAGAAGAUUCAUGAUGAAGUCAAACACUAUAAAUGUCAGUACUGCCCAGCUGCCUUUUAUGUGUCUCAGAGUUUGAAGGUACACUCAAGAGUUCAUACAGGUGAGAAGCCUAUUCAGUGUCAAUUGUGUGGUAUAAGCUAUCGAUUUGAAAGCAGUUUGCGGAAGCAUGCUGCAUCAAAACAUCCAGAAUUUGAAGUUAAAGGUGUCAGUCUUAUACCUCGUUCAAAGAAAUAAAGUGUUUCACCUCU